AUGGCCAUCCAAGAUCAAUCCGACGACGUUCGCGUACUGGGUCAAGACCCAUUGAUCCCUCCCCAACUCCUCACAUCCGAGAUCCCCGCACCCGCCAAUGCCCUGCCCACCGUCCUUCGCGGACGGAAAGAGGCAGUAGAGAUCAUCAAGCAGCGCGAUGACCGUCUUCUUGUCAUGGUCGGACCCUGCUCGCUCCACGACCCAGCUACCGCUGUGGAAUACUGCUCGCGACUGGUCCAGCUCGCGGACAAGCUCAAAGAUGACAUUUGCAUCAUCAUGCGCGCCUACCUCGAGAAGCCGCGCACCACGGUGGGCUKGAAGGGUCUGAUCAACGACCCGGAUAUCGACGAGAGCUACCAGAUCAACAAGGGUCUCCGAGUCAGUAGACAGCUGUUCUGCGAUCUCACCGGCCAGGGAAUGCCAAUUGCGAGCGAAAUGCUGGAUACCAUCUCCCCUCAAUUCCUUGCGGAUCUCAUCUCUCUCGGAGCGAUUGGUGCUAGGACCACGGAAUCGCAGCUCCACCGUGAGCUCGCCUCGGGUCUUUCCUUCCCCAUGGGCUUCAAGAACGGUACAGAUGGGAGCUUGACGGUUGCGGUGGAUGCCAUUGGUGCUGCUGCGGCGAAGCACCACUUCAUGGGUGUGACCAAGCAAGGUCUGGCGGCCAUCACAAAGACUGCGGGCAACCCAGACUGCUUCGUCAUUCUCCGAGGAGGAACCAAGGGCACCAACUUCGACCGUGAUAGCGUCAAGGCAACGAGGGAGGCUCUGCGGAAGAAGAACUUGGAUGAAGUCAUGAUGAUUGACUGCUCGCACGGCAACUCCCAAAAGGACCACAAGAACCAGCCCAAGGUCGCACAGGUUAUUGGCGAUCAAAUUCGUGAGGGCGAGACCGGCAUUGUUGGUGUCAUGAUCGAGUCGCACAUUCACGAGGGUAACCAAAAGGUACCUGCAACCGGCGGUUUGGCGGCGCUCAAGAAGGGCGUCUCCAUCACAGAUGCAUGCAUCGACUGGGAUACGACAGUCGAGGUACUGGAGCAGCUGGCCGAUGCGAUCCGCACAAGACGGCAGAUCAACUCCAAGAAGGCCAACGGCGCUCAAUAA